GUUUUGUGUGGCUUUUUAAUGAUUCCUCAUUAAAAUAUGGGUUACUUCAUUAACUGCUGUUGUGCUUGGCAGAUAGAUGAUUUCACUUUCCAACAGACAAAUACUGUCAAUUAACAAAUUUCCUUGAAAUAAUAUCACAGAUGUAGCAUUAAUUUAAGAAUGUGUUUAUCAGUGGACAGUAUUUAUUCAAGAGCAACUAAGAAUUUACUUACACAAGUCAAAUUCAAAACCAUGGCUUUGUUGGUGGUUUGUCCCAACAUAGUUUGACCCAAGACUUCUCUCUUUUUCCAACCAAUCAUAUUGCAUCCCUAGUUAUUAGGGUCCAGGCUCCCAGGCAUGAUAAGCUCAGACAUUUUUUCAAAAGAUUGUAAGGCUAAUUUAUAUGAAAAUUGACAGACGCGAUUUCUAGACUCAUACAACCUGUCAUAGACCUUCAAGAUAUGGUUUUUGCGUAAUUAUCACUCAUAGCCAUUUAACUUGCUCUAUUUUCAAAGAUAUGUCCAAUCUAAAUUAUUCAUAACUACGACAGGUCGUAAUAGUAAACAAAUUUCUUGAGGUAGCCGCAAGAGCUAUUAUUAGCCAAAGUUAUCUAUUUUAUUAUCUUUAAUAUAAAAAAGGUAUUGGAAAAAAUGAAUGUGGGAAUUACGGUUUCACUGCUAUACUGUGUGCGAUAUCUUUGAAAAUGAAAGCAUAUUUGUACGUCUUUUUGUAUUGUGCACAGAAAUAUAUCAAAGGAAAGGUUUUAACGGAUAAAGUCGAGGGCAGUCGAGACUGUUCAGCGAUAUGACUGCUUAGAUUGUUUUGUUUGCAUUUCCUCUGCUUUCCAUUUAUCAACAGCAACAUAUUUGUAAAUUGUUUGUAAGAAUAACGAAGUGUCAGGAUAAUACAAUACUCGUGCAGCGAGGCGGCGCCAGGAACGUUGCGAAAGACGCAUGUCGGCUCCUUCCCACAGGCGUGGGCUUUUAGAUUCUUGUCGUAAGGACCGAAGUUUCCUUUUUCCGCAUCACCUUCGGUAUAUGUUGUGCAAAAUCCCAUGCAUGUUUUCAAUCAUUGCAUUGCAUUACUACAAUGUUCCUAAUCUACAAACUUCUAGAACUACCCUUUGCAUAUCACAGACAUGAGACCGGAGCUAUAACAUGAUUAAAUUAUCACCGCAUAUAUUAAUUUCAAUAUAUUUGAGCAAACAAAAACGAAAAAAGUGCACUUUCAUAUCGAAAUUAUCUUGUGCAAUUUUUGCAGACGGAACACUGUCUAUUCAACACGAGCACACUACAAUAUCGAAACGAAACAUGGUUUUUGGAAAAAUGCUUACUUGCGUGUUGAAUUCUCUUUAUUGUAUCCUAAUAGUUUUAUAACUGCUUAACUAAUUGCAUAAGAAAAGAUUAGUAUUUAACCACCUGUCUUAAUGAAUAUUAACGUGAAAUUUAUCACCUCGCUUAUAUAUUAAAACGAUUCUGCCAAUAUGGGGCGAUUCAAUUCAAUAAACAAGAUACGAUUCAACUUAGUUAUCGGGAAAGAUUCAUUUCUAUGGGGUUUUUUUGGAUAUUGAACCGAUAGCGUUGAAGUGCGUGUGGCCUUUUUUAAAGAAAUGUUUGGUCAGUCGCCUAGGAGAUCAGCGCUCGGUCAGAAUAUAUACAUGCAUGUGUGUAUAUACGAAAAUUUGAAUCGAAAGCCAUUUAGUAUAUAGGAACGGCUUUAGAAUAAGGCAUUCGUACAUUUCCCAAUUGUCAAGGAAAAUGUACAAUAUUUCAAAUGGCACGUCGAACAAUGGGCAUACGAGUUCGCCGAAGCGCCGUUUGUCCGUUCGGACACGAAUGAUGAUAGCUGCACGACAAAAAAUUGAACUGCACGAAAAAUUGGCGCUUGAGAAGGACAAAGAUAGCGAGGAAAACGUCGAGAUAACAUCAGAUGUAAACAUGGAGAAAAGUCUUCCUUAUCCGACGUCGCAAGGGCUUGAUUCCCAACUCUCCGAUGAGCUGAAAACUAAAAUAACUAGAAUCGUUGAGGCAAAUUGUGCGAUGGAGGAUAUUAGAGCUUCCAAGUCAUCAUUAAUCAUCGAAACGGGCAAGAAAUCUGGCUCGAAGUCCCAGAGAGACGGCGUGCUCGAUUUCUGUGGCUAUAAUCUAGGCUACGGUGGUGUGCUGCAUGUUCUGAACGAGAUACACGACUGGGACAGCUCGCAUAUCGUGAAAAUGGACUUCAGCGGAUGCGCUUUGGAGGAACGAGGGAUGAACGUCGUUUAUAAAAUCGUCAAACUGUGUAAGAAUGUCAAGGAACUGAAUUUGUCGAGGAACAACCUCGGACGGUCUGGGAUAACGUGGGUUGCACGACUGAUGCAGAGCACUGCGAUUUCGUGCUUGAAGUUAGCUCAUAACGGCCUAAACGGCAACGACAUGGAAGUAUUCUUGGCCGCCUUGCCGGACUCCGACGCCAUCGUUACACUGGACCUGAGUUACAACAUCCUAGGUCCUUACGUCGGGGAGUUGAUCACGAAAUACUUGCCCAUCAGUUCAGUACAGUGCUUGAAUUUAGGCCACAACGAGAUAGGAUCGGAAGGAAUCAGGAACAUGGUGGAAGGUUUGCAAGAAAAUGACUCCUUGAGGGAAAUUGAUCUGUCCUGGAAUUAUCUUUACGAUAAGGGUAUGAGCUCUAUCGCUGAUGUCAUUCUCACGGCCCCUUUCAUUCGAAGGAUCUUUUUGAACGGGAAUUUUAUCACUGAAGUGGGCGCUCAGCAGAUAGCUCACGGGCUACGAGAGAACUCCACGCUCGAAGUUCUCAACCUUGCUCAAAAUUUUAUACGAUCACAAGGGGCGUGCGCCUUAGUGAGAGCUGUCAGGAGCAACAUGAGCUCAAGGUUGAGGCUCUUGGAUAUCAACGGCACCCUGGUGUCGAACGAAUUUAUGGUGAUGUACCGAAGGAUACAGAUGGAUAAAGAGGGUUUUGAAGUGACUGGGUUUUGUGCAGUCGGUGGGGAAGGAAAUGGAUUCAGGAGACGAAAGAGCUCCAAAUAUCAGUAAAAUGACAUUAAAUAAAUGACACAGUGAUAGCUUCAAAAAUCCAUAACUCCGUUUUAUUUGACCACACAAUGUGUAUUAUAAUGAGAAGAGGGGGGGGGAAUAACUUUAUAUAUAUAUGGAACGGGGGGACGGCCUCAGUAAAUUAUAUACACAAUACUUCUAGAAAUUUUUGCUUCUAUGAAUUUUGUUUGUAAUCAAUUAGUGUUUGUACGUGUACUUAGUGUAUGUACUUCAGCUAAUUAUGGGUCUUUGUAAUGAAAAAGACUUGUAAAGUAUUAUUUAUUAAGACGGUGCAAAAAUGUAAGGAACCGAUCACCUUACUUUGGAUUAUUGGGCGAUUUAGGGAGGGGUCUUAGUUAAUGAUAUAGUAUUUUGUUGUUUGCUUCAAGAAACACCAUGAAAACUCUUGCCUUCGUCAUUGAUUAUAGUCUGUUGGAUUUACGGGGUUCAUUCACCUUGGCUUUGGAGCCUAUAAAAUAGAUAUCCGCAGUAUUUAAACUGCUUAACUGAAUCUUGACAUAUCCUAAACGAGAUAUUGAGAAGAGUAUAUGUUCGAUACAAUACUCGUGCAUUUUGGGUUUUUUUGUAAGCCAACCGCGAUACCUACGCGUGGUAAGCAAUAUUGUACUUAAAAGAAUGCAUCAAGUGGAACACUCGGAUAUUUUUGUGGGAAAAUGAUACGUAAUAUACUUGCUUCUCCAGCAAUGCACGUCUUUUUUCUGCUAUAGUUGCAGUGCUGUAUCAGUAUCACUGCUUGUUUGUAACACCAUUUCGUCAAAAAGAAAUUGUUGUAAACGAUGUUUUGAGUGAUAUAAUGAGAAAUAAAAGAUUGGUCGGCAAGUCGAAUAGCCCACAACAGUUUGAUGAAUUAUUUUAAACUUUAAAAACACUUCAAAUCAUAUACGGUUUGU